AUGCAAGCAAUGAGUGCUAGUACAAGCGCGCCUCGUGCGCCGCAGCGUUCGCCCUUCGCGAUCCAAGAACUGCUGGGCUUGUCGGACUCCCGGGACACCAGGGACCGCUAUUUCGAGAACCGGGAAGAUCGUGUGUUGAACUUAUCCGAGAACAGAGAACCGAGGGGACCCUACGCGCCACAGUUUCCGUUGCCAGCGUCUAUGGCAAGCCGUGUGGCUUAUGCCGCCGCUUUUAACGCCCAAGCAGCAGUUGCCGCAGCUUUCCUACCCGGCCCCCCUUUGCUGCAUCCUCCACCGGGUUUCCCGCAAAUCAAGUCGCCCUACAGCCCCUCCGCGCAGCAGCACCUUACAGCCGUCCGUCAGCUAUACUCAGGUGUAUCAUCGUUAGAGGCCGCAAAAGACUUCACUGUAGACGGUCUAACAGGCUACAACGGCAAGAAGAAGAAGAAAAAAAGGAGACAUAGCCGGACGAUCUUCACCUCCUACCAACUGGAUGAACUCGAAAAGGCCUUCAAGGACGCCCACUACCCCGAUGUAUAUGCAAGGGAGAUGCUAUCGCUUAAGACAGACUUACCCGAGGAUAGGAUACAGCAAGAGGAAAAUUCUUUGAUAGCAGACGAAAAUGGCUCGUAUGCAGUGGUUUUGGAGUUUAACAUGGCAGCGUUGCGCAGGAAAUUCGGUAUAAUAGCCUCCUAG